CCCAAAAAAAAACUAGUUUUAGCCAUUAACUGAUGGCUCAAUUAAAUGCUACACGUACUCCAGAAGUUGGCAUCUACCCCUAAGCAAGUUAAUAAAAACCAGGGUCUCAACUGAUCAUUGGUAUAUGUUUGGCUUCUUUCUUCUCCUCUCCGAUGAGAAGGCCACCAUUUUCUUCCUUCGAUUUAUAGGGUGCCCACAAAAAAUUGGAGGUAAGAAAUUUUUGGGUUCUCAUGGAGGAUUACAGAUCAAGGUCAUACGCAGAUGGCAGGAUGGAGAUAGAGGUGUAUGACAGGAGCUACCCUUCUGGAAUGCAUGAUAUGAGGAGCUACAGCGCAUCGUAUGCACCUCAACCAUAUCCCAGAGAGGUGAAGGCGAAGAAGAUGAAGAAUCAGGGAGGUGGGGCUUCAUCGGGCAGUUGGGGCUUCAAUGACCCAGAGUUCCAAAGGAAGACGAGGGUUGCUAGUUACAAAAUGUAUAGUGUUGAGGGGAAGGUAAAGGGGUCUUUUAGAAAGAGUUUUAGAUGGCUCAAGGAUAGGUACACCAGGAUCGUGUAUGGAUGGUGGUGAGAGGUACAUGAUCAUCAUAUACAUGUAGCCAUCAUCAUCUGGAGUUGACCAUCUAAUGCCCGGGGGCGAGGGGUAUGUAUGAUGAACGGUUUUUGCCGAUGCUGAAUUCUGGGUAUGGCUUACUUUGUCUGUUUACAACCUAGAUAGAUGUGAUCUGAAUCAACAAAAUAUGGGUCUUUCAGUUUUGAGAGGCAUCAUGUUGUAACCUCUUUCUCUUCUCUUGGCGAUGUUCCAUACAAAGAUGGGCUAUGCAACUCUAUGGUCUUCAGCUUCACGAGUCAAAAGAAAUUUCAUGUUGCUGAUUGAUUUGGUUGUUUAGAUAUAAAGGCUUGCUUCUCUGUUUCCUUUUC